CCUGCGUCACCGCUCCUUAAACUGAGCUGCAGGUCAGGGGCCAUUGGAGAGAAGGACUCAGAGAAGGGCAGUCUGUACAUGUGCCUACACCGGCACCUACCUGUGCUCGCUUUCUUUGAUUUUUUAUUUUAUUUUUUCAAGUAAAACCAGUUGGUCAGGGUUCUUCCAGAUGACCGUGUUUCAAGAAAGACCUAUGACCUAUGCCAAAAUGAGAGGGCUUGUCUCUUUUCUCUCAGCGCUGCUCAAGGGGAAGAAAGUGGGCUUCAGUGACUUCCUGCACAAAUUUGUUUCCAGUCAGCAGCUCUACCAAAACCUGGACACUGAGAAAAUCCUGCAGAGAAAAAGUAAACUAAGGAGAGGCAAGGAGGAGAAAUCUGCUUUGAGCUCUGUGAACACAGACGCCUCACAGACGAGGCCGUCAGACUUCGACUACCUCAAAGUCAUCGGCAAAGGAAGCUUUGGAAAGGUGCUUCUGGCAAGACAUAGAAAACAAGGACGAUACUAUGCUGUGAAAGUGCUCCAGAAACAGAUGAUUGUCAAGAGGAAAGAGCAGAGGCAUGUGAUGAUUGAGAGGAGUGUACUGCUGAAGGGACUACAGCAUCCAUUCCUGGUGGGACUCCACUUCUCUUUCCAGACAUCAAACACACUCUAUUUUGUCCUGGACUAUGUCAAUGGAGGAGAGCUUUUCUACCACCUCCAGAGGGAGGGGUCAUUUCCAGAACCCAGAGCUGCUUUCUAUGCUGCAGAAAUGGCUGCAGCACUGGGCUACCUCCACUCCCUUAACAUUGUCUACAGAGAUGUCAAACCUGAGAACAUCCUGCUGGACAGUGAUGGCCAUGUGGUGCUGACUGACUUUGGGCUUUGUAAAGAAGGUGUGGCCAAAGGUGGGAUCAUGCACACCUUCUGUGGCACUCCAGAGUACCUCGCUCCAGAGGUGUUACAAGGCCACCCAUAUAGCCCAGCCGUGGACUGGUGGGGACUCGGCACGGUGCUUUUUGAGAUGAUUUGUGGACUGCCUCCAUUUCAUAGCCACAGCAAAUUAGAAAUGUUUCAGAACAUCCUUCAUGCUCCUCUGCAGCUGCCCAGCAGCGUCUCUGAAGCUGCCCACUCACUGUUGGAGGGCUUAUUGGAAAAAGACGUCUCCAAGCGCUUAGGAGAGAGUCAAGACAUUGUGGAGCUGCAGGAACAUCCCUUCUUUGCCUUCAUCAACUGGGAUGACCUCCUGGCCAGAAAAAUCAGACCGCCUUUCAUCCCCAAAGUGGCUGGCCCCUGUGAUGUCAGUUACAUCGACCCCGCCUUCACGCGACAACCUGUACCCGCCUCUGUGAACGAGAGGUGGCAGGCGGCCGAGUCCUGCGAGGCCUUUCUGGGAUUCUCCUACAUGAACCCCGCGGAGCGUGUGGCAGCAGAGCCAGUUUCAUAACAACGCCAAAUCCUCAGCGAGCAUGUUUCUUCAAAUAUUUAUUUUUUAUGUCAUAAAUUUUUAAGUGGGUGUCUAUUUUUAAGCACUUGAGCAAAAAGAUUCUUACACUAACAGUUCAAUGUACUGUAUGUUUCAUUGGAUGGUUUGUUUUUUUGGUUAUUGCUGUUAUUUCAAUAUCUGGUCAUGAUGAUGGAAUAGGCUGGUCACUGUUUCAUACAUCCUUGCUGCUUUAAUGCAUCAUAUGAAACACUUAACAGUUUGAAGUAAAUUUAUUUAUCUGCAUUUACAGUAUAUUAAAAUAUACAAUGUGUACUGCAAAAUUCUCAUUCUACCAUUACAUUCACAGCUUAAAAGUGUACUGAAAAUACUUUGCUGGCUGCUUUAUUGCUGCAUUACAGAGCAAAAUACAGAAAGCAUCUCCAUGUGGCAUUUAAAUAAAAAAAAAA